AUGCGGACCCUCCCUUUGCUCCUCAACGCAACCAUGGUAGUUUUAGGGACAGCGACCAAUUUCCUCAACCACGACCUACUUUUGAAGGGUCUAGAAGAUAAGAAUUGGUUUGACAAGAACAUCCCCCUUCUUGAUGUCCCAGACAAAGAGAUCCAGGAAGUCUACUACUACCGCUGGCAGACCUACAAGGACCAUCUUGUCUACACUGGAGCUCAGUAUGGUUACAUGGCCAGCGAGUUCCUCAGUCCGGUCAGUUAUGGCGCGCCUUACGGUGGUAUCGUGGCAGCUGCUGGUCAUCACAUCACUGAAGGGCGAUGGUUACGCGACACCAAAUACGGACAAGAUGUUGCAAACUAUUGGCUCUCGGGCCCUGGGCAGUUCCCUAAACCGAUGAGAGAAGAAGUUAACAAAGAUACCUCCGACUGGGCGCACGAGUACAGCUUUUGGGCUGCCAGUGCUUUGUGGAAACAAUACUUGGCAACAGGGGACCGUGACUUUAUCGUCGGCCAGCUAGAUAACCUGGUGAAGCAAUAUCGCGGUUGGGAUACUCAUUACAAUGAAUCCCUUGGCCUAUACUGGCAGGUUCCCGUUUGGGAUGCUACGGAGUACACGGCUGCUUCCUACGAGUCCAGCGAUCCCUACCACGGAGGUGCUGGCUUUCGACCAACAAUCAACUCCUACCAGUACGGUGAUGCUUGGGCGAUAUCGCAAAUCGCUGCCUUGCGAGGUGAUUCUAAGCUGGAGAGUGAAUACCGCAAGCGUGCUGAAAGCCUACAGACUGCUCUUCAAAAGUAUCUCUGGGACAACAACUCCAAAUUCUACAAGCAUCGGGCCCGCGAUGAUAACCCCUCUGGUGCGUUGCUGGGAACACGAGAGAUCAUGGGAUACCUUCCUUGGGCGUUCAAUAUGCCCAGCGAUGACUCUAAGCUCGUAGCUUUUACCCAACUUACGGACUCCCUAGGGUUCUCCUCAAAGUAUGGUCCAACUACGGCUGAACGACGGAGCAAGUGGUUUAUGUACGAAGCAGGGAACUGCUGUCGGUGGGAUGGCCCGUCGUGGCCUUUUGCUACGGCGCAAACUCUUACUGCAGUGGAAAACGUUCUCAACAACUAUCCGGCACAGAAUUAUAUCACUUCAUCCGACUAUUUCGAUAUGAUUCAACGGUAUGCCAAGACACAAUACAAAAAUGGCAAACCUUAUGUUGCUGAAGCACACCAUCCCGACACAGAUAAAUGGAUUUACGAUGGGGAGAAUCACAGUGAAGAUUACAACCAUUCAACCUUCAUCGACAACGUUCUUGCGGGUCUUAUUGGUCUUCGCGCACAGGCAGACAACUCAAUUGUUGUUAACCCUCUGACUCCUACGUCUUGGGACUAUUUUGCUGUUGAGAACGCGCCCUAUCAUGGCCAUUCUGUCACCAUUCUUUGGGAUAAGACUGGGUCGCAUUACAACCAGGGCAAAGGUCUGCGAGUCUACGUCGAUGGCAAACUUGCAGGCAGCCGAGAGACAAUCGGAUCCAUCAAAGUCCAGGUUGGUUCGUCUCCGACGAGCGAACCACAUCUUAUCAACAUCGCAUCCAAUGGCCAAAGAUUUCCUCAACUUACGAAAGCAUUCGCUUCGUACACCUCUCCUUUUGACGAUGCCAUGAGAGUGAUUGACGGCAUCGUCUGGCGGACUGGGAUCCCCCAAAAUAGUCGUUGGACAUCGUAUAAUAGCCCAAACGCAGAAGAUCACUUUGUAGUCGACCUUCGUCGAGAACACGUUGUGUGUUACAUGAAGCUCUUCUUUUACGACGAUGCUGGCGGCGUAAGAAUCCCGUCAACUUAUGAUCUCCAGUAUAAGACGGGCAAUACCUGGAAAACUAUUCCUGGACAGGUUCGCAGUCCAAAGCCGGCCACUUCAAACGUCGAGACCACUAUUGCCUUCCCUGCGAUAUCGACUUCGCAAAUUCGUGUUGUGGCACCUAAUCCUGGAUCUGGCGUUGGCUGGGGUCUUUCUGAGCUAGAAAUCUGGACACCAGCGAUCUUCCACAUCCGCAACGAGAAUAGCGGCAAGAUCAUGGGUGUGGAAAAGAAGUCCUUUUCUAACAGUGCCAACAUACAGCAAUUCGAGAGUAGUGAAUCACGGGAUCUGUUGUGGCGUUUUGUGCCCAGUCCCGGUGGAUGGUGGAAGCUUCAGAAUCUGAACAGUGGACUGCUGCUCGCCGUCGAAGGAGCCUCAACAGCCAACAGCGUGAAACUUCAACAAUUUGAGGAUAAUGGCACUAAAGACCAUCUAUGGAGGGUUGAAUCCAAAGGGGAUGGUCUUUUCUUAAUUUGGAAUAAGCACAGCCAGAAGGUUGCUGGUGUCGAUGGCAUGUCGACUGCCAAUGGCGCAAGCGUUGUUCAGUAUGAUAAUACCGGUACCAGAGAUCACUUAUGGAGUCUUCUUCCGAACGCUGUGGAAGGUUGUUCUAAAUAG